CGAAUAUUAUUUUGUACUUAACAAACUAAAAAUAAAAAGAAUAAUUAUUGUACAAAAUAUUUGUUUGUUAAAAGUAUUUUUGAUAGGAAAAUAAGUUAUAUUAAUAGAAAAGCAAUGGCGCCGCAACAAAAGGGAAAACAAGGUACAAAAGGAGCAAAGCAGAUUGUGGAGGAGAAUAAGGCCACACUGAAGUUUUAUAGGAACAUGGCCAUUGGCAGCGCGGCUGGUAUGGUAUUGCUUAACCUGAUAUUUUUCGGAUUGAGCAAAGCGACAGUGAUUAUGGGCUUCAUAGCAUUACUUAUACUGGCCGCAGCGGUGCAGUUUAUGACAUUCAUGUCACGCCCGAAAUACUCAGAAAGUGGUGCACUACUAGAUUCUGGAAACGAUUUGAAUAUGGAGGGUGGUAUAGCAGAAAAUGUCAAGGAUCUAAUAAUCUUAACAUCAGGCACACUGCUUUUAUCAUUGUUGUCAAAUUACUUCUGGUACCUGUUGUUACUUGCACCUUUGAGAGCUUUCUGGAUGUUAUGGGGCAGUGUGAUACAACCGUGGUUAUCUCAACGCAAUGCAGCCGAACAGGAACCCGAGUUGGAUGAAAAGAAACAACGAAAACUCGAACGCAAAAUGCGACGCAUGAGAUGAAGACUUUAAUAAUAAGCCAAAUGUCGUUGGCAUCAACUUAGCCCAAUGAGGCGCUCUAAGUCAAUAAUGUAAUGCAUAAAUCCAUGGCGGAUUUAAAUCAAACGCCAUUCAACAGACGUUAAAGACGAUAUUCAUCUUAAAUUAAGUUGUCAAUUUUGGAUUUGCGCCCAAUAAUUUACUUUAACAACUGACACUGUGUGUUAUGGUGCAGGUUCGCUUUUUAUGUAAAUAUAUUAUAAAAUAAGGUUUUUGAAUACAACUGACAAACAAUUAUAAUAAAAAACAAGGUUUGAGAUUAGAUAAACGAAAGACAAUA